UGGACACUCAGUUCAGGAAUUGGGGGACAGUUUGAAUGUCAGAAAGCCAGAGGGAAAAGUGCCUCCCCCAAAAGUAACAUCAAGAACACCCAAAAGAAAGAGAUGACAACCCUUUAAAGAAAAAGGGCCAAAAGGAUGGGAGUGACUUCCUUCUUCCAUGGCUGCUUGGUUCUUCUGAUUUUCUCCUCCAUUUUGCAAGCAUUUGUGUUCCAUUGCCCCAAAGACUGGAUGCCCUAUAAAGAUCAUUGCUAUAAAUUCUUUGAAGACUUUCUACCUUGGCUUCAGGCAGAGGUAGACUGCAUAGUUUCUGAAAAGAACAGCCAUCUUCUCUCUAUCCCCGAUGAAACAGUGAUGAGCAAAAUAAAUGAGUGGCUUCUUCCUAUUCAAAUCUCACAGCCCAUUUGGAUCGGACUGUACAACCUCAAAGGAGGGAAGCGACGUUGGCGAUGGACAGAUAUGUCUACAUCAAUUUACAGAAACUGGAACAACUUAGAAGACGCCAAUAAUAAUAGGGACAAGAAUUGUGUCAUGAUGGCCUACACUGCAGGUGCCCUGAAGUGGUAUGCUGAAAAUUGUUCCCUUCCAUUCAACUAUGUGUGUGAAAUGUGACCCCGAAGGAUUGCAGCUGUUCUUCCAAAGGCAAAUGGCAUUGACUUGAAUGGUAACUUUUUCUUUCCAGGGCCUCCAGUUCAAUCCAGUCCAUGUUUGCAGCUCUGUUGUAUAUCUGAUUGACCUUUCUCUUGGCUGUGAUACUGUUGAAUAAAACACCCUUCCAAAUAA